AUGCGUUGCCAAGUAACGAAUGAAGCAGAAAAGAAGCUGUGGAUGAAAUGCUAUCUCAAUAUAGACGUUGCCGAUCUAGUGGAGUCGCUUCCAGAAUAUUCUGAUCCCACGAAGACUUAUGUCAAUUUGCGACAAGCCAUACAGGAGCUGUAUCCAGGCGCAGAUACAGAGCGCAAAUGGAAAACGAUCGCGAAACUAGGAAACUAUCAUCGGGAAUUCCUAGCCAUCACCUCGUUUCUCAUUGGCAAGAACUGCAUUUCGGAGUCGGAACACAAUCGCGCGUUCAUUCGAGGAUUUCCACCGGAGUCGUGGAGUCGCAUUUCGCAACGCUUGCAGCUGAAGCAGCCAGAUCACUACCCAGAUGAUCCCUACUCGGUAAACAACGUCUACGAGGCUGCAAAGUUUGUGUUGCAUGGUACUAGUGCAGGGCCGACCACAAUAAAGCCAACUAUAACUACGUCGACUAGUAGCGCACCAGCAAUCAAGAGUGAGGAUAUUUCGUUGCUUAUUGAGAACCUGGUCAAGUCAGUCCAGACGCUCACGGCAGCUGCAACAGGUGGAAUUGCGAAGCAGAAUGGGAGUCAAGCUGCGACAGCGAGCAGACCACCAGUCGCAAAUGGAAGUCCGAGUGGAUUUUGCCACUAUUGCAGAGAAGCCGGAGGCAUGAUCGGAACAUGCAAGCACGUCGAGGAGGAUAUAAAGAGUGGCAAGUGCUUAUGCAACGCAGCCAGAAAAGUUGUCCUACCGAAUGGCACCUUUGUACCUCGCACCAUUCCAGGCAUUACGAUUCGCGAUCACAUUUACGAGUGGCACAGACGCAACCAGAUUCCAGUCACAGCAUCGGUCUCAGCGGCGAAUCUAUUCGAAGUCUCAGAGGACAAAGCCAGUUCGUUCUCGCUAGGUGCAGAAGAUAGGAUCGAAGCUUUGGAACAGGAGCUAUUCAACUUAAAGCGAUCGUGA